AUGAGUUAUCAAGAUGAAUAUGUAGGGUCCUUUCCAAAAGAUUUCAGCUAUGGACCAUUCGAACAAAAUGGUGAAAGUGAUAAUACGUCGUUACAGGAAGACCACAAACCAAGAAUUCUGCUCAUGGGUUUGAGAAGAUCAGGAAAGUCAUCUAUUCAAAAAGUUGUAUUUCAUAAGAUGUCCCCAAAUGAAACACUGUUUUUAGAAUCCACCAACAAAAUUGUAAAGGAUGAUAUAAAUAACAGUAGUUUCGUUCAGUUUCAAAUAUGGGAUUUUCCUGGUCAAAUAGAUUUCUUCGAUGCAACUUUUGAUUCAGACACAAUAUUUGGAGGAUGUGGUGCAUUAGUGUUUGUCAUUGAUGCACAGGAUGAUUACCAAGACGCAUUAGAUAAAUUGCAACAAACAGUUACAAAAGCAUACAGAGUUAAUAGUAACAUAAAAUUUGAAGUUUUUAUUCAUAAAGUCGAUGGACUCAAUGAUGACUAUAAAAUGGAAACUCAAAGAGACAUACACCAUAGAGCUACUGAAGAUUUAGCAGAGAAUGGCUUAGAGCAUGUUCAUUUAUCAUUUCACUUGACAUCUAUCUAUGAUCAUUCUAUUUUUGAAGCAUUUAGUAAAGUUGUACAAAAAUUAAUUCCUCAAUUACCGACAUUAGAAAAUCUACUCAAUAUUCUCAUAUCAAAUUCUGGCAUAGAAAAAGCAUUCCUGUUUGAUGUUGUUUCAAAAAUAUACAUUGCAACUGAUAGUUCACCAGUAGAUAUGCAAAGUUAUGAACUUUGUUGUGAUAUGAUAGAUGUUGUUAUUGACAUAUCAUGUAUUUAUGGAAUGAUUGAUGAAACGGAAACAAAUACAUUUAACAACCAAAGUUCAAGUUUAAUAAAGCUGAAUAAUGGCACAGUUUUAUAUUUAAGAGAAGUUAACAAGUUUCUAGCUCUGGUUUGCAUACUUAGAGAGGAAAAUUUUCAAAAGCAAGGUGUCAUAGAUUAUAACUUUUUGUGCUUUCGAGAUGCAAUAACCCAAGUUUUUGAGUUACGUAAUAAGUCACAAUGUGCCCUAAUUGCAACCCAAAAUGACAAUAACCUUCCUAACGGCGUGGAAGACUUAGUCGAGAGUACGGCAGAUCAGUCACAAUUACCAUGUCCAUAG